UAUUCUUUCCUCGGCGUGGCGCAGUCGCAUUUCCAAUCUCCCUGCGCUGUUGCUGACCAUGGGCCGUGGCCCUCGCUUCCUCCCUACUUGUCUCCGGCAUCUACGAUAACCACGCCAGUGCAUGGUCGCCCAUACCGUUCGAACACUCGUUGCCUGGGUAUCCGACAAUGCCCACCACCCGUCCUGACCUCCGAGCGACGCCCUCGCAGCAACCAGAUAGUCGCUAUCAAUCCCGUCAAGUCGACCGCCCUAGCUCGUCCAGCAGUGAUGCCUCGUCUGCCUCGUCGCAGGUGACCACCCUGUCCCGCCCUAAAAACACUCUGUAUUCCCUCAAUUCCUCUGCCUCCCGCCAUCCGCCGCGAACCUCGUCAAUUAGCGGCCCCAACGAGAACAACAGCACCAGCAACAUCUCGUUGCCUUCUGUUACGACAACUCGACCAUCUGGCGCUCCCUUGAGAGCGCAGAAUGAUCCCUACUCCCGCAAGCCAUCCCCGCGAGGUCCGGCGGCCGAGCUACAAAGGCAUCGGCCAAGACAACAUUCACAGGGCUUCUUCGAACCGUCUCUGCCUACUGCCAGUCACACUGAUCAUAGUGCGAUGAUGACGGUCCUGACAGCUUCCCAGAUUGCCGCUCAGGCGGCAAUGCAGUCGACCCAGCACGUGCGGCACCGAUCACAAACGAUCCCGGAUGAUCGACAAAAGGGCCGAAAAGGAAGCCGAGACUCGCCAUCCCCUUCCCCGUACGCACCAUCGACUACGACUAGCGGAGGCGCGCGAACAUAUCAGAACGGACUCGUGGGUUCGCAUGUGGCUGCAGCGACAACUGCUGCCAACGUGGUCUUUCCGCGAAGCCCGGUCUCGGAGGCUGCUGAUCAGAAACACAAAGCAGAGAAGUCGAAGAAGAAGUUAUUCUCUAAACCCAAACAUAUUGGAAUAUCCCGAGAUAGGGAUUGGAAAGAUAAACCUCUGCCAUCUCCUAGCAAGUUAGGGUUUGGAAGCUCAAGUGGACUAUCUAAGAUUGUCAGCGCGUCUACGACAAAUUUGACCGAAAUAAGCUCGAACAAUUCGUCCAUGUAUAACCUUUCGAAUGCAUCUGCUAGCACGGUGGUGCCAGUGGAGAAGGGCGAGAAGGACAAGGACAAAUCGCAUAGACACCACUUUUUAUCUAGGCAAAAAUUGAAGCUUAAAGAUGACCACUUUAAUUUGCCAUUGUCAUCAGCUUCCAGCAACUCGAAACCGUUAGAUCCGAACGCCCCACAGUCCCUCUACAGCUUUACACCAUCCUCUCCGUUAUCAAGUGGGUUUGGGAAGUCGGGGUUGGAUUUGCUACAUGGUGGUCGUGCCUUACGAGAGAAGAAGAGGGAAGAGAAAGAGAAAGAGAAAGCCAUGGCGUCCUCACUGGACAUAAACCGAGACGCGGAAUCCGAGUGGCCCACAGGUGCUACCGGCCCUGCUUAUGCCCCCUCAACGAUGGGUAGUUCAGUGACCACUUUCAACAAUGACGGGGUCAAGGAAGCCCUACAGGGGUUUGGUUUACAUAACAUGACUGCAGAGGAUGUUUGGGAUUUCCUCAAAGCAAAAUUACUCGUCGUUUUCGAUGGAGGGGAUGUGCGUAUCGCGGUGGAGGAUUUGAAUAAACUGGUGGUCAUACAUAUCCAGCGAUGCGUACAGAAGCUUAUGCCCACGGUUGUCGAAGAUUUGCGAGAUCUUUUAUAUACGGGGUUCUCGACUUUGAACCAUUCUAUCAGUGGUGUACCUGAUGAGAAGCUUAUUCCACACCUGGUGCAGAUAUGGAUGUCAGCGUUUGGAACAAUCCUCCCAUUCAUUCAAGCAGUCUUCCUCCCAUUAGAUCUUGAAUUAAAAGGUCAAGGGACAGUUAUGAGCGCACGUGAAGCUAGAGAAUUCUGGGGUGCUUUGCCCACAAAUGCAGACUCUCCAGAAGCUGCUAUAGGCGACGAACUGGACGUUCGAACCAUUGUACUAGUUGCGUUCCGUGAGGCUGUUAUUCUGCAGCGGUAUGAAGGGCUCAAGGCAGUCUUCUCUCGGCUGAGUCUCGAUACAAUCGAUGCUACCAUCGGCGCUUUGAGUGGUACAUCUAAUAGCAGCAACAGCGGCGGCCGGCCAGCCACUGCAGCCUCUUUAGACCCGAACUACAGUAGCUUCAACUCACAGUCCUCUACGGCCCUCAAUAUUGCCGGUAGCUACUCUUCAGAUUCCGUCAGUGCAACACGGAGUCGCGCAACCUCCAAUACAUCAUCGAACCCAGAUCAGCUCAUCUUCCAAUCCUUCACCUCGCCGCAGCGACAGCUCCAAUCGUUCCGUUUCAACCAAACCCCCGAUACCUCACACGUCAUCACGGAUACUGUCGGGCGUUUACUGCAAUGCUUCAGCAUCUUGGCCAGCGUGCAAAGCGGCGACGAUGCCCAAGAACGAAUCGAGACAUUGAUGAAGUCCCUCAAACACAACUGGCUCGGCCGAGGCCGUACUGGGCGCGACAGACGAGGCUUUGUCGGAACCAAGGUCCGGUCAGCUGCGCUUCCUCGCCAUGAUAGCGGGGAUUCGAUGAGUAUGACGACCAAUGGCAGCAAGUGGAACAUUACCUCCUCGCCAUGGGGGAACCUGAAUAUGAAUAGUGUUUUGUGAAUGUGUAUGUGAAUGGAUGGGAUGGAUGGGAUGGAUGGAUGGGAUGGAUGGAGUUGAUGAUUUAUUUAUGCUGUACAAUACCCGAAAGCCGGCUCUUUCUGAUCGGCAAUGAAAUGAGGAUAUAUGCAAUUCUAUGAUGUUCUUUUGUCUAUAUCAUAACACUUUCUAGUUUCC